CGCAGAGCGGGUGGAACCGCCUUCCUGCCUCCAGGGGGCAGCGGCCUCCCUUGGGUCCCUGCGUGGACACCUCGGCGCCCGCGCCGCUCUUCCUGUCGCUGGGAGUGGCGGGCCGACCAGCGGGCGGCCCGGGCCGGCGGUCGCCAUUCCCGUGUCGCUGCGCCCGCGGGGGCCGCCCGAGCCCGCCACGAUGCCACUGGGCCUGAAGCCCACCUGCAGCGUCUGCAAGACCACAUCGUCCUCCAUGUGGAAGAAGGGCCCGCAGGGCGAGAUCCUCUGCCACCACUGCACGGGCCGGGGCGGCGCGGGCGGCGGGGGCGCCGGCUCCGGGGCGGCUGGCGGGACGGGGGGCAGCAGCGGCGGUGGCGGCUUCGGCGCGGCGACCUUCGCCAGCACCUCGGCCGCCCCUCCGCAGAGCAACGGGGGCGGGGGCGGCAAGCAGAGUAAGCAGGAAAUUCACAGGAGGUCUGCUCGGCUCAGAAACACUAAAUACAAAUCUGCUCCAGCUGCUGAAAAGAAAGUUUCCACUAAAGGAAAAGGGAGAAGACAUAUUUUUAAAUUAAAAAAUCCCAUCAAAGCUCCUGAGUCUGUUUCCACUAUAAUCACUGCAGAAUCAAUCUUCUACAAGGGAGUAUAUUACCAAAUAGGAGAUGUCGUUUCUGUGAUUGAUGAACAAGAUGGAAAGCCCUACUAUGCUCAGAUCAGGGGCUUCAUCCAGGACCAGUAUUGUGAGAAAAGCGCCGCCCUGACGUGGCUCAUUCCCACCCUCUCGAGCCCCAGGGACCAGUUUGAUCCUGCAUCCUACAUCAUCGGACCAGAGGAGGAUCUUCCAAGGAAAAUGGAAUACUUGGAAUUUGUGUGUCACGCACCUUCUGAAUAUUUCAAGUCACGUUCGUCGCCAUUUCCCACAGUUCCGACCAGACCAGAGAAGGGCUACAUAUGGACUCAUGUUGGACCUACUCCUGCAAUCACUAUUAAGGAAACAGUUGCCAACCAUUUGUAGUUUAGAAAGUGAAACUUAUUUCCACUCAUCUUGUAUUCAUACUCCUCUAAGACAUGCCGCGUGUUUCUUUCAUGAAAUUCUUAGAUGGAAAGGUGACUAGAAAUUUUUCCUUAACUACCCAGUAAUCAUUAGCUUGUUUAUUACCAGUCACUUGGAAAUUUAAAAGGGAUAGCAAGGAACUAAAUAUAUUUUGAAAUUAAAUAUAUUCUAUAUAUGUAUCUUCCCAGGCAAAGGCUGCAAUUUCCAAGGAGACCAGUAGGAACAGGUAGUAUCUAUUUUUUUCUCCAUGAUUUAUUUCUAGAAACUCAUUACAAUCAAUGGAUUGUAUUUUUCUGCUAGAACAAAAUAUUAAUUAAGGUUUGGAUUUCUGACCAAGGGCUUAAUCAAAUAAAAUGUAGCUAACCAACUGUGUCUAUCACAAAGUUACACAAGCUUUAUUUCUUCAUCUAGAAAAUGCUAGAUAGACUGUUUAACCUUAAGGAAAGUGAUUGGUGGAUGAUUCUAUUAGCCUGAGCUUUUUCAAACUUCGUUCUGUAGCAAACAGAUUCAGAAUUAUUUUGUUGUCAUUGUUUUCAUCUCCCUUCUCACUCAAGGUGAGGCUCCCAAUCAAACCAUAAAAUUUUACAGUGCAGACCGCUUCAUGAAGUGCAC